ACGGCUCUGGAAUGCGGGCCCCUCCUUCCUCCCUCUCCGGGAGCGGGGGCGUCUGCUCCUUUGCGAGGAGGACAAGAGGACCUCGGCAUCAGAUCCUUCCAGCUCAGCCCCGCACAGAGAGUGACCUUGAGGUGCCAGCGGGCACAGCGGGUCCAUGGCCGCAGCCGCCUCCGUGACCAGCCUGGCGGACGAGGUCAACUGCCCCAUCUGCCAGGGCACCCUGAGGGAGCCGGUCACCAUCGACUGUGGCCACAACUUCUGCCGGGGCUGCCUCACACGCUACUGCGAGAUCCCAGGCACAGACCCCGGGGAGGCCCUCCACGGGGAGGCCCUCCCUUGCCCCCUCUGCAAGGAGCCCUUCCGCCCGGGGAGCUUCCGGCCCAACUGGCAGUUGGCCAGCGUGGUGGAGAGCAUCGAACACCUCAAGCUGGUGUCUUCGCCGGACUCGGAGGCAGAGGACCUCUGCAGGGAGCACGGGGAGAAGAUCUACUUCUUCUGCGAGGACGAUGAGACGCAGCUGUGCGUGGUGUGCCGGGAGGCCUGGGAGCACCGGGCCCACACCGUGCGCUUCCUGGACGAGGCAGCAGGGCCCUACAGGGAACAAAUACAGAAGUGUCUUGAGUGUCUAAGACAAGAGAGAGAGGAGAUUCACAGAAUCCAGUCGCGGGAAAACGAAAGGAUCCAAGUCCUCCUGUGUCAGGUCGCCACCAGGAGACAGAAAGUGGUCUUCGAGUUUGCACACCUGAGCCAGUUCCUGGAGGAGCAGCAGAGCGUCCUCCUGGCCCAGCUGGAGAAGCUGGAUGGGGACAUCCUGAGGCAACGGGACGCGUUCGAUGUCCUGGUCAGCGAGGAGAUCUGCCGGUUCAGCAGCCUGAUCUCGGAGCUGGAGGAGAAGAACGGGAGGCGCGCCCGGGAGCUGCUGACGGACAUCAGAAGUACUCUGAUAAGAUGUGAAACCAGAAAGUGCCGGAAACCAGAGGCUGUGUCCCCUGAGCUGGGCCAGAGGAUUCGGGACUUCCCCCAGCAGGCUGUCCCACUGAGGAGGGAGAUGGAGAUGUUUCUGGAGAAGCUGUGCUGUGAGCUGGAUUCUGAGCCAGCGGACAUCUGCCUGGACCCCCAGACCGCCCACCCCAAGCUCCUCGUAUCUGAGGACCGGCGGCGCGCGCAGUUCUCCUACAAGUGGCAGAGCUCGCCAGACAGCCCCCAGCGCUUUGACCGGGCCACCUGUGUCCUGGCCCUCGGCGGCUUCACGGCGGGGAGACACACGUGGCUGGUGAAGGUGGACUUGGCGCACGGGGGCAGCUGCACGGUGGGCGUGGUGAGCGAGGCCGUGAGGCGGAAGGGCGAGCUGCGGCUGCGGCCAGAGGAGGGCGUGUGGGCCGUGAGGCUGGCCUGGGGCUUCGUGUCGGCGCUGGGCUCCUUCCCCACACGGCUGGCGCUGCAGGAGCAGCCCCGGCAGGUGCGCGUGUCCCUGGACUACGAGGUGGGCUGGGUGACCUUCGCCAACGCGGUCAGCCAGGAGCCCAUCUACACCUUCACGGCCUCCUUCACCCAGAAGGUCUUUCCCUUCUUUGGGCUCUGGGGCCGAGGGUCCAGCUUCUCCGUGAGUUCCUGAGAGGCGGUCACCCUCUGCCAGGACCAGCUCCCUGGAGGACGGUGCGAACGCCACCCCCGACAGCUCCCCGGGGGACGGGGUGGAAGUCCGGCAGGGUGAGGACUGGGAGGGCAAGGUGGGUGGCCCCCCAUGUGCUGUUCAGGCCUCUUCCUUGACACCCGUGGCCGGCCUGGGGCUCCAGGGACACAGGAGUCCUGGGCUGGGGCCCGAAGACGGGGCUGGAGACCAGCCUGUGGCCACACUGUGUGAUCUGGGACAAGGCGCCUCUCCUCAUCCGUCUUCUUCCAGAGAAACGAGGGUUCGUAUAUGUGUGCCUGCGGGAAGCAUCUCUUGUGUGCUCCCGGUGAGCCAGGCAGGAUGGGGCCACUGCUGGUGUGAAACUGAAAAAAGUCUGCCAUCUGCAGAAGCUCACAGACCAGACAGAGGCGGCAAGAGGACGUCACAGCGGGGGCAGGGGGAGAGUGCGGGGCACGGGGCCCAGCCGGGCCAGAAGGCUUCCUGGGCAGGAGUGCUGUAGACGCGUGCACCCGGGGAGGGGAGAAGGUCGGCAGAGGCCGGACUGGCUGGCCCUGCAGCCCCCGGACGCUGGGUGACCGGACCCUGACCCUGCCGGCGGCCUCCCAGCCCCGACACACGUCCGCUGAGGUGCAAGGCCGGACAUGGUAACCGAGGCCCACACUGUCCCUUACGGUGGCAGUCACAGUCUGGGCUCGAGAACGGGCUGGUGGGAAGGAUGAGGCCCAGAGAGCUGCACUGUGGGGCAGAGACGCGCCCGCGCACAAGGCUGUGGAUUCCCCGCAGGGGGGACCGGCAGCAGCGCUGACGAGGCUCCAGGCCUGGACUCACUGGUGUCCAGGGGUCAGCGUGGGGAAGGGGGAGAGCCAGGGUCGGGGGGCAUGGAAAGGGAGGGGCGUCAGCCGCCCCGGGUCGGGGUCAGGGGCGACGAGAGAGGCUGUGUGCAGAGCAUGGUUCUCACGCCCUCUGUGGUCUGGGGCUCAUCUUCCACUCUGUGCAAACGUGUCGCUCCCUGCCAACCUCGUCAGCACUGUUGGCUCUCCUUAAACACAAACUGAAGGGGGGUCACCUCCCCACGGGCCUGGGAGCCCGUGCAGGCCAAGGCCUGUGCCUGGGGGUCUGCUUGUCCUCCUUGGGGCGCAGGCAGAGGACACGUGGGCCCAGGAGCGGCGGCUGCACGGGGCUGAGUGCAUCCUCUGGGCACGUUCACGACGUCUAUAAAAUAUAUUCAGGGAAGGGGCACCUGGGUGGCUUGGUGAGUUAAGCGUCUGCCUUCGACCCAGGGGAAGCCUGC